AUGACACUCACGCAAUACAUCUUUACCGCCUUCAGCUUUCUUCGACCCUGGUCGAGCAGCGAUGAUGCCCUCGGGGCGAUCCCGCGGAUAUAUCGAUAUAUUGUCGACACAUGGAUCCGGAGACCGGUGGCUCCUCUGAUAUCGAUUACGCUUCUCGCUACGCUCACUCUGCGGCUCGUCAGGAUGGCGUAUUUCCUGCCUCCUAAGGUUUCGGAUGCGGCCCUUGGGCAUGCUCCGUCCGGGGCUCAAGCUCCUCACCCUCCUGCUCCUGAGGAACAGCAGCAGCAUACCAUCAUAGGGGCACAGCCGCAUACCUCCACAGAGGCACAGACGGAGCGUCGACGAUCUGUCUCUUUGGGAGGGUGGGUGAAGAACAUGUUUCCCAGCCAGCGUCCUGAACGCGGCGGCACCAGCAGAGAACAGGGAUACUGGGAGCAGAUGGACAAGCAAGGCAAGACAUCACGGCCUCGACGGCGCAUGACGGAUAGCCAGUAUAGCGUUGGGGAUGUUUCGGCGGACUCAAGCCAUAUCACUCGCUGGAACGUGCCGAGGGAUGUCUCGAGAGAUGAAUCGCAUGGUUUGCCUGAACAGCCAUUAAGUGUUGUGCCUACUAACCCGGAGGCCACAUCGCUACCGAAAGAUGUUCUGCCAGAGAGAAGUUGGAGUUGGAGUCCUCAUAAUGGCUCUGAAGAACAGAUCUCUGUGACAAAGGUAGGAGGGGUUUUGCAGAGCAACUAUGACCAAAGUAACGACGCCAGGAGGAGCAGUUUGGCGAGAAGCAAGGCUCGACAACGCGAACGACGGAGCUUGAGAGAGAGUGGCGAUUAUCUCGGCGUGCAAGGCGUCAAUCCUCAUACUGGAGAGCUGGACAUUGUGAGUCCUACUGUUAGCAGUGCUGAAAGCUCAGCAGAUCAUCACGAGACGCCACGGCGCAUCUUGAGGACAUUCCGGAAUGUCUUGAAGAAUCACACGUCAAGAGACUCGCCCAGUAGAGACAAUACAGGUAUUGAGGACGAGGAUCAUAAGGUUGCCAGGUCACUGAGGGGGAAGAAGAAAGUGAGAGAGCUGAACAAAGCCGUCAGAUGGAUGAGACGGGGACAGUCUUCGUUGCAAGAGCCAGAUUUGAGCCCCAUUGCUCAGUCUUUAAAAAGCGUGUCUCUGAGUUCUCGGAGACCUUCUCACGUUCAACAUCUCCCCCAGACGAUCCAACAACCAACAGCAGUUUCUACUGGCGAACAGCUGCUGAAUAUCGAUCCCUCUCAUGCCAAUUUCUCUGCAGUUGAUGCAUCUGACAAUUACGUCGCUGCUUCAUCGCCACCGGAAUUUCUUGAGAGCGGAUCAGCCCUUGACGACUCUGGCUCCCAAACGAGUUCCAGCCCAACAACCCCAUCCGAAAGCAAGUCUUUUUUAGACAUGGAAGCCGAAAGGGACGUCAAGAAAUCGUGCGCCGAGGCGAGCAAGACAGCCCUUUCGGCAGGUCAACCUACCCAGUCGAUCCCAGCUUUUGGCCGGGGAUUCGAGCGCCGGUUCAGUCUCCCAGGAAUGAUGAGCCUGCCACCAUCCAGCCUAGAUUUGCACCCGAACAUGUUCAGAGAGCCACCUCGUUUGACCCGUCGCGAAGGAAGCCCGUUGCAGGCAAUGCCUAUGCCACGAUCUACAGAGAGUCGUAUUCGCUCAAGGGACAUGAGAAAGCGAUGGGACGACCAUCUGAGGUUCUCCCGCAUGAAAGCACAAGCAUCAGCCGGCCCGCGGCAGCAACAGUCACUCGCGAUGAGGCGUCCUGCAGGCUCCCGCCACCGCCAUCGACGGCUCACCAAGAUGGCAAUAGAACGGGACAUGCUAGAAUUGAAAGAGGGGGUAGCAAAGGUGGACAAGCAGCGGCAGGAACAACCUCGUCACUCUCACAACCAACCCGUGACGGAGCACGAGCAGACGAGCAACAUCUUGCGCGAAAUCAGGUACCAGGCCCCCGAGAUCGUGGAAUCUGCCAGCAUACCCACCAUCACCAUUACUGGCUACAACCACCAAGCGUUUCACUCUGCCUUUCUCCCGGACGGGUCGAUGAACCCGGACUUUCUCCUUCCACUGAGCCCAACUCAACGAGACGAAUCGAUUUACAGUGCGCUGGCAGUGACCUCGUUCGAGAACAGCUUGGGCGGGUUUCAUUCAGCCCCAUCCAUGAGCUCCAAGCAGAAUCCAACCUCAUCAGCAGAGGCCGAAAUGGGAGGCGAACCACAAGCAGGCACUACAUCUCUGGAGCAAGAGGCUUACAAGAUGCAGCUAGCAGAGGGCCACUGGGGAGACAGACGUACAGCGAAGGCUACGAUGCCAGUUCCGGAAGACGACUCGUUGCGCAAAUCAACAUUUACACAGGGCCAGAUGCCGCAGACUGCGAUCCAAGAAAUGCAACAGUUGGUAUCGGAGAAGGAGGCAAAUCUAGUAGAUCACCAAAUGCAGAUACACAACCUCCCGGAGAAGCAUCGAGUUUACCAAGAGCACCAAGACGAAGACGACACCGAAAGUCUUUUGCUAAAGGAGGCCAACACUGAUGAAGCCAAGGUUCUGAACGCAGAUCCAGGAGAACAAGAUGAUGAUAACUUAGAGGUUGAGGAUAGGGAAGGUCCUACUCCGUUGCAGCAAUUUCUGCGGUACCUGAGGGAUUGGAUCCGGCUAUACUGGGCGACUAUAUGGCCAAUACUUGAUCCACGAACGAUGGGAGUCGCGCAUGACGGACCAAUGCCUUGGUGGGAGGCCAUUCUGUUGAUAGCACUCACGGUACCGGCUGCGACUCUGGUGUAUGUGGUGGUUGUUCAGGGGGCGAGGUUUGUCAUGUUCAUGACCUGGCUGCUGGAGUUCGUGGAUGAUGACUCUGCGAUCUGA